AUGGCAACCAAGGAAUGGAAACAACAGCUCCAAAUGGGUAAAAGACCACAACAAUCGGUCAAUACAGAAUGGCAGCUCCAAGUGGUAAAAGACCACAACAAUCAUUCAAUACAGGACAUUAUUGAUGUAUCCAACAUGUACUGCUAUCGCAAUGCAUCAGUUUCAUCAAGUGAGGUGGAAAGUGAAGAUGAAGAGUUCCAUCCAAAACACUUUCCAACUGUCCCUUGUUGUUUUGUCAUAGUCAAUCAUGGUGGAUUCCUGGAAGCAUUCGACAACGCAAUGAAAAAACUCGAAUUUGAGGGUCUUGUGGUGGAAACGACGUUAGACGCCAAGUCGGACACACUCGCAUCUGGUGCAUCUUCAAACGAGGUGAUAUCAACGAUCUGCAAAAUUGAACGCGUCAUGGAGUUGUGUAAGCACGCCUUGUAUCAUGGCGAUAUUGAUGCAAGACUUAACAGAGCCCAGCUGACGUGCGUGAAAUUAAUGGACGUUUCCAGCUAUCUGAACAAGUUCCUUGCCAAGGACUUUUCAGCACUGUGGAAAGCAUCUUGUACCAUCCAGCAUGCGAGAUUGUGCAACAGAUACAUUUCGAUUUCAAUCUGA